CAGUCUCAUGCUAAAAAGUUCCCAUCCACACACUUCAUCGACAACCGAUUGCACUGGUGAGCACCAUAUUCAUCAGAACUAGCAAUCAUGGGUAUCUCUCGCGACUCCCGUCACAAGCGCGCCGCCACCGGUGCCAAGCGUGCCUACUACAGGAAGAAGCGCGCUUUCGAAGCUGGUCGCCAGGGUUCUAGCACCCGUAUUGGCCCCAAGCGCGUUCACACCGUCCGCACCCGCGGCGGUAACUCCAAGUACCGUGCCCUCCGCCUCGACUCCGGUAACUUCGCCUGGGCCUCCGAAGGCUGCACCCGCAAGACCCGUAUCAUCGGUGUCUCUUACCACCCUUCUAACAACGAACUCGUCCGUACCAACACCUUGACCCGCUCUGCUGUCGUCCAGGUCGAUGCUACUCCUUUCCGUCAAUGGUACGAGGCUCACUACGGCCAGCCCAUUGGCCGCAGACGCCAGAAGGCUCAGGGCCAGACCAUCGCCGUCGACGAGGACAAGAAGAGCAAGUCUGUUGAGAAGAAGCAGGCUGCCCGCUUCGCCGAGAAGGGCAAGGUCGAGCACCCCGUUGAGAAGCAGUUCGAAGCUGGUCGCCUGUACGCUGUUGUCUCCAGCCGUCCUGGCCAGUCCGGCCGCUGCGACGGUUACAUCCUUGAGGGUGAGGAGCUCGCCUUCUACCAGAAGAAGCUCAGCAAAUAAAGGAAUUAGAUUGGGCUGUUGGUAGAAGAGGUUGUUCCCCUUGUUACGGUGUUAAAGGACUGUUCCAUUUCUUUGGCAUUUUUCUGGCCACAAUUAAAACGGCUACGUAUAAGCAUCGGAAUGGGUUGAUAGGGAUUAAAAAUAAACAAAAACUUUACGUCUUCC